GUGGUUAUGUUAUUACUGUUAUUUACUGUUUGUUGUUUUGUUAGUCUAGGAAGUUAGAAAUGCUGAUUUGUUACAUUUUGGUAUUUUAAUAGUAAAAUGUCUGUGUCCGAAGAUUUCAAGGAAACUGGUCAUGAUGAGAAGUGUAAAAGUAAUGACAAUUUUUACUCACAUGGAGCAAAUUACUGGUCUGUGGUACCAGCGACUAUAGAUGGAAUGCUUGGAGGUUUUGGUUUUGUCUCACAGACAGAUAUCAAGGGGUCUAAACUGCUUUUGAAACAGAUAUUCAAUUCGAAGAACCCCCCUGGUAGACAAAAUGCUUUAGAUUGUGGUGCUGGGAUAGGUAGAAUAACAAAAUUUUUAUUGACUGAUAUGUUUGAUAAAGUUGAUAUGGUAGAACAAAAUCCUGUGUUUCUUGAACAAGCUAAACAUUAUUUGGGACCAAAAAGGUCUAAGGUGGAUUCAUUUUAUUCUACUGGAUUACAAGAUUUCCAACCAGCUAGUGGGAAAUACGAUGUUAUUUGGAUACAGUGGGUUUUGGGACAUCUCACAGAUGAAGAUCUGAUACAGUUCUUGAAGUCUUGCCAGAAUGGAUUGAAAUUGAAUGGAGUUAUAGUAGUAAAGGAAAAUAUAACAUCUUCUGAUGAGUGUGAAAUGGAUUCGCAAGAUUAUUCAGUGACUCGUCCAAUGCAUCUCUUUCAAGAAAUUUUUGAUAAAGCUGGUUUGGACUGUUACAGAAAAUCAAAACAACUUCAUUUUCCUAGAGGACUGUAUUCUGUUUAUAUGUUUGCUUUGAGACCAAAAGAUAAGAUAAAUUGCUUCACGAUUUCAGAGGAUACCUCAAAAUCAGACAGUUUGCAGUGAUGAAUUAUCAAGUAACAACU